AUGCAAUAUUUCUUGAGGGAUUUCAUGUUUCUCUGUCAAAAAAUUUUUAAAUUUAAGACGAAGUCAUGGUUGCUUCCAAGAUACUUUGUACCAUAUCCUCGUAUCUGUUCAAAUUUCGGACGAUUAACCAAAUAUAUUGGCAAUCAUUCACAAGCCAACUCAUUGGUUAGAGCAGUAUAUAGAAAGAUUAUUAGUAGUAGUACUCAACAACGACCAAACUCAUUACUAAGAGUAUAUAGAGGUUUCGCUGGAUCCGUUCAAUUGAGGCAUUACGUGUCUAACAAACAUGAUUAUUCUUUUCACCCGAUCAACAAGAUUUGUAAACCAAAAAAUGAAUCUUGGUUUUCAAGUAUCUUUGGAACAAACAAAUAUCAAAUAUUGCCUAAUUUGUGUACAAGUUCCGCGGACUCAAUAAACCCGAAAGAGUUCAUAGCGGCAGGAUGUAACAGUGCUGUAUGGGCAGCUGAAGUCCGUCAACAAUAUCCAAAUGAUAAUGAAUUCAUUGAUAAAUUAGCUGUGAAAGUACUGUAUAACUAUUACGCGAAUUCAUCUUAUAAUGAACAAGCUAAUUUACAUUAUGAUUAUAAUUCAUUACAAAAUAUUCCUGAUAAUUGGGUAUUAUUACAUCGUCAAAUUCAAAGAGAAUGUGAACUUCGUCCUCAAACUAAUCAUCCUAAUAUUGUUCCAUUAGUUGGACAUUUUAUUGAUCGUGCACCUCAAGUCAAUUCAGUAAAUGAUUCACAUGUUCAUAAUGAUAAUUAUAAUGAAUCUAAUAAUGCUUUAUCUUCUGGUCAAGUUUCACAAUUUAACCAUAGAACUAUUCAAUCAAAAUGUUGGCCUGGUAUAGAAUACUUUUCAGAAGGCUUCGACAAUCGACCGUAUACAUUCUACAUGUUGAUGCCAAGAUUUGAAGCAACUUUGGAUGAUCUAUUACGAGGAAAUUUAAAAUGUAAGUUCGAACAAUCACCAACUGAAAUAAAUCACGAAGGUAUUAUUGAAUCUAAGCAAAAUCAGAGUGAUAAUACUAAUCUUGCACAUAUUAGUCAAUAUCAAGAAACAAAUGUUUCUAAUACUUUCACACCAUCUUUUCAAUUACAUACUGAUUUACAUUACUUGUUUAAUUCAAGCCUAUUGAAUUCUGCAUAUAUUAAACAUGGUGAAAUGUAUCUUCCUGUAGAAGAAAUUGUAGCUAUAAUUGCUCAAUUAUUUGAAGCAGUUGCCGAACUUGAAGCGCAUGGUAUUGCUCAUAGAGAUAUCAAACCAAAUAAUAUACUUAUACGUCGACGUGUUCCAUUUUUUAAUACUAAUCAAACAUCUGAUAUAAACAAUGCUACUUAUAAUACUUUUGUUCAGUUCCAUCUAAAUUGGUUAAAUGACAAAAGAUUACAAAUGAUUAAUUCACAUUUUCAUGUUGCAUUAACUGAUUUCGGAUGUGCUAUUCAAACUGGACAUCAUCAUAUUAAUGAUGAUAAUAAUAAUAAUGAAGAAUAUCUUAAUCAUAGUGGAAAUUUGGCAUUAUUAGCUCCAGAAAUAGCACAGAUCAUUUAUUCACUUAAAGAUAAUUCAAACAAUUUACACAAUAUUAUAACUAAUAAAGAUUAUAAACAUUCAGAUUUAUGGGCUAUUGCUACAUUAAUUUAUCCUUUGUUUGGAAUACCUAAUCCAUUUAUUGAUGGAACAUUUUCUUCAGUAAACUAUACCGAGGAUUCUUUGCCUGAACUUCCUCAUGAAGCACCAAAAAUAAUGACAUGGAUUUUACAUCAAUGUCUUAAACGUAAUCCAUCAGAAAGACCUAAUGCUGAUGAAAUUGCAGAUAUUUUGCAUACUUGGUGUCUUAUUCGACAUUUUCACAGUAGACAAGAAGUUGAUAUUUUAAAAGAUUUUUCGCAAUAUCCAAUGAAUUCUGCAACCAUAAAUAUUGAUUCUUUGACUGCAGAAUUUAAAAACUCAAUAAAAUCCCAUAAAAUACAAAGUAAUAAGCUCAUCAACCGUUUAUGUGAUCUCCUAAAUGUAUGUUGGGCAGGUGAUUGGUUAUCUGGAGCCGCUCGUCCUCCAAAUGGUAUACGCUCUCUGUUUUAUUCACGAGCUACUCCUGGACGUUUGGCGCUUUGUUUAAAUAUUGUAUAUCAAUUGGAGUGUUUCGGUGUCCAACAUGUGUUGAAUUCCUCUCCUAACUACCAAUAUUAG